CAUAACAAAGAAUUUAGUAUCAACAAGUGCCAAGAAACGUGCUAAUUGAGGAUUAGUUGUAUGAGAAACCUAUUAUCAUAGGAAAUGGAAAAGUAGUUAGAAAGAACAAAUUGUGUCUAAUCUAACAGUGAUAGAAUCUAAAAUGAGAAAGAAGGGGUUUGCAUUUUGGACAAACAAGAAGGCCUACCUGUUUUAGUUCAUGGGAUCGGUGCCCAUGGAAUUUGGGUAGCUGCUCUUCUUUUCUCUCUGCCACACUGUAAAGAUAAAGAAAGAACCCACUGAAUUCAGGGUACCCAAAAAAGGGAGGGCAAAGACAAAUCCUCUGCAAUCAAACAAAGCCUAUUAUCACUUCCCCUGCGCCUUUUCAGCCGGCCGUUUCAUACCUCAUCUUCACACCACAGACUCAAUUCAGUAGUGAUUCACUCAACUACCCACAUGGAAGCAGCUCAGCUUGACAACAACAAGAAGUCCCAUUCCCAACAACAAAUGCAACUCGACGCCGGCGGCAGCGGCGGCGAUGCUGCAGUUCCCAGCCAGGGCAAAGCGGCAGGGCUCAACCGCUACGCUCUCGCCUGCGCUCUUCUCGCCUCCACCAACUCCACUCUCUUAGGCUAUGAUAUUGGUGUGAUGAGUGGGGCUGUCCUUUUCAUCAAGGAGAAUCUCAAAAUCUCGUCAGUCCAAGUGGAGAUUCUCGUCGGCGUGCUGAACAUUUGCUCGCUGUUCGGCUCGCUGGCCUCCGGCAAGACUUCGGAUUACAUCGGCAGGCGGAAGACCAUCGUCUUAGCAGCGACCACGUUUUUAAUCGGCGCGGUUCUGAUGGGCUUCGCACCUUCCUACCCUUUCCUCCUCGCCGGCAGAGUCGUCGCCGGAAUUGGAGUCGGAUACUCCCUCAUGAUCGCUCCAGUCUACACCGCUGAGCUUUCCCCGGCCAUGAAUCGCGGAUUCCUCACCUCCCUCCCUGAGGUUUUCAUCGUAAUCGGGAUUCUCGUAGGCUACAUCGUCAACUACGCUCUCUCAGGACUUCCGUCGAACAUAAACUGGAGAAUCAUGCUGGGCCUGGCCGCGGUCCCCUCUUUAGUCAUCGGUUUCGGCGUCAUGGCCAUGCCGGAAUCCCCUCGCUGGCUCGUGAUGCAAGGGAAACCGGACGAGGCGAAAAGGGUUCUCAUCCGAAUCUCGAAUUCCCCCCAAGAGGCCGAGCUCCGGCUCCAGGAGAUAACCGAUUCAGCGUCAAGGGAAUUCCAAUUUCUUCACAGCGGCAUUUCAUCGAACACCUGGCGUGGGCAGGGCGUAUGGAAGGAGCUUCUCUUCAAACCUUCCAAACCCGUCCGCCGGAUGCUCGUCGCCGCCGUCGGGAUCAACUUCUUCAUGCAGGCGUCGGGGAACGACGCCGUGAUCUACUACACACCGGAGGUCUUCCGCGCCGCCGGGAUCCACAACAAGCGGCAGCUCUUCGGCGUGAACGUCAUAAUGGGACUCUCCAAAGCUGCCUUCGUGAUGGUGUCCGCGUUCUACCUAGACCGAUUCGGCAGGCGGCCGCUUCUCUUACUGGGCUCAACGGGAAUGGCCCUUUCGCUGUUCGUACUGGGCCUGGGGUCCAAGAUCCUUCAGCACUCCGACUCCAAGCCGUUAUGGGCCGUCACGAUGUGCAUAGUCGCCGUGUGCGGGUUCGUCUCGUUCUUCUCAAUCGGGCUCGGGCCCAUCACAUGGGUCUACUCCUCCGAGAUUUUCCCAUCGAGGUUGCGAGCCCAGGGAUCUGGGCUCGCGAUCUCGGUGAACCGGUUGGUGAGCGGAGUCGUUUCGAUGACGUUUCUGACCGUUUCGAUGAAGAUAAGUUUCGGAGGGAUGUUCUUCGUGCUAGGUGGGAUAAUGGUGGUUGGGACGGUUUUCUUCUAUGUGGUGAUGCCGGAGACCAAAGGGAAGAGCUUGGAGGAGAUCCAAUUCCUAUUUCAGGACAAGGAGGGUGGUGACUUGGAGAGGAAGGAAGUGAGAAGGGUAGAUUUGGAAUUGACCUAGAAUUGUCAUUUUGGUGUCUAAAAGUUCCCACCUUUUGUAACAACUAGAUGGGUAUUGUAAUGGGUAGUUGAAGUUUGGUUAGGUUUGUGACUAAUGAAGAAGUGGGUAUUUUGUGGGACUAGCUAGGGUUAGAGUGACUUGAUGGACAAGGUUUGACGGUUUGUUGUGCAUGGAUUGUGAUGUGUAGUUGUAAUUGGUUGAUAUGUAAAUGACUAUAUAAAUGUUGUUGAAUUUGUUUAGUGUACAACAAAGUUUAGUUUGAUGUUUUUCUUUAGAGCGAGACAUAUACUUUGAUAAAUUCUAGUUGAUUAUAGAAAAUUUAAUUUUAUUGUCAGGUAAGUUAGUACGCACAAACUUAACAAUCGCAACUUCCAAACAGCUACUUCUGGACUCAUCUCAAAAUUUUGCACCAUAGUGUCAUAUGGGUAAAAGUUUGGUUUCAUUUACUUGGUGGGAAUUGGGAUGAAAGGCAGUAGUGCUGUGGUGGGGAACAUAUGGUAGGGAAAAGUAGGCAAGAAGAUGGCAACAUCAGACAAAUUUUUUGAACAUAAUAAUGGAGGUAAGAUAGUUUGUCUUCUACUACUACUACUACUCCAUGAUAUAUACUCUUCCAAACUCUCUAUUUGAGACUGUUUAAUGGUCAACCUGAGUCAUGCAAGGAAUUGGAGAUCUUAAUCAAACUUUGCUGGUGAAGAUAAAACUUGCACUGCUGCAUUAAUGCUAGAUUCCAGAGGAAGAGAGACCAGUCAAGUGAAGAGGGCAUAGAUCGAAACAUUUACAAGAGAAAACACAACAAAACUUUCUCCGGUGUUUGGAUAUCACUUAUCAAUUACAGUGGCGAAGUCAGAAUUUAUGGUGAGGGGGAAUUGAAAAAAUAAAAGCUAAGAUAUUGGGUGAGUGGGGCUGAUAGUCCUCAUGCUACCAAUUAUCAACGUUUAUUUCUCGUAUGAUACAUAAAUUAUAACCAAAGAUAAAAUCUAGAGGGGGUUAUAGUCCAUCAUAAACUAUACGUAGCUCCACCACUGACCUAGCACUUGAUCGGUUAUAAGGGAAAAUGGCCCGCCCUCACUCGAACAUGUACUUGUCGAUGAAAUGUGGGUAAGUGAUGGCAGAUACAUGAGGUUUUGUUAAGUUUUAGUCUGUUGGAUGAAGUAAUGAUAUGUACGAUCGAUAUUUGAACUCCUCUUGACGAAGGUUAAUAACCGAUUUAACCAAAAUAUAAUAAGUUUGUACAAACCUCAAUCUCAUUAGUUAACUCGAAUUCAAGAAAAGACAAUUAGGCGAGUUUUUGAGUUACCGAACAACAAUUGAACACCCACGUGGUUAUUGAAAUCGCCAAUUUCACAACCCACACUGGUAGAGCUCCGGAUUAAGCUUUAUCGAGAUUGGGGAUUAGGGAUCAACUAGGGAUUGAUCCGGGAAUUUAGGAAUUGGGGAGGGGUGAAUUGGGAGCAGUGGCGGAUCCAGGGGGUGGCCACUCCGGGCCUCGGCCCAGCCCUCCUCUGGAUCCAUAGUUAGUAUAGACCUUAUGAAUUUUUCAAUUUAGGUAUUCGGCCCAAUGCUAGUUUAUAAUAAAAUUGGAUAUAAUUAGCAAAUUGAUUUAGAUAAACAUAUCACUACUCUAAAUUUAGCCUAGAGAAAUUCUAGCCCCAAAGAUUUUUCGUCUAAAAAAAUAAUGAAAUCUAAAAUUCUAAAGUAUAAUAGGCUAAAAGAAAUAUGAGGUUGUUUA